UCCAUAAUGUACACACGUUUUACUUAACAUUUUAAAUGUCAGCUGUAUAGUGCCAAAAUCAAAAACAUUUAAAUUCCUAGCUCCGGUUUUUGAAGGAAGUACACAAUAACUUGUAACCUGUUAUAUAAAAGAUACCUAAUUUAUAUAAAAUUGCGAUUGCAGUCUGUAUGCACUUUCCAAAAUCAAUAUCGCAUUGAAAUCAAUAAAGGUGUCAAGGUGCUCGGUUAUUUAAGAUGUACGUCAAUUUAUGGAAAACACAGAUCCAGUAUUACAAUAAACGUUAUAAAGUGAUAUGAAAUGAAUUAUACUACCUCAAUGAUGGAGAAUCUUCCUGAUGAAUUGAUCAUGAUGAUAUUUAGUUAUAUUAGCGCCCUUGAACUGAGCUUGGUGAUGUCCAGAGUAUGCAAAAAAUGGAAUAGUAUCAUUAAUUCUCGUAUUAUCAGAAUCAAACGCGCAGAGCAUUAUAAAAAACUACAUAAGGGCUUACAAGUGAUCCUCGUUACAGACGCGGAAUCUUCGAUUCAAAAGUCUGAAAUACUGAUAUCUUACGCUAUUCGCUUAACGCCGCGCUUACGCGAGCUCACAAUAAACAGUGACUUUCCACUUGAUAAAAAUAGUUUCAAAUCCCUUUCAUUGUUGGUACAUUUGCGUCACCUGGAUGUCUUCGCAAAGAAGCAAUUUUUGAACAGGGACACCCACAUUAACCAAGGCAUAAAUUCACUGAUCAUCAAUGAGACAAUAAGCAGUACCUUUCUGACAAAUUUAAGACGAAACGACAUAUCUUCAUUUCACAUGUACGGUAGAGCAGAUCACUUCAUUCCCAGGGAAAUGGACUGUUUCCUCAACAUACAUGCUGCUCAGCUGCGGGAUCUUACAUUAAGAUGUUCAGAAAUGACAGAUGCAAGGUUCCGGGUGUUGACACGCUGUGUGAACCUGUUGUCGCUGCAGCUCUACAUGUGCCCACUGCUGACUAAGCAUGGUAUCAUGCCGAUUGUAAACCUGCCAGCACUGCAACGGCUGCAUCUCACUGGCACCGUUUUGCUCCGGAGCCGAGGCCUGCAGGAGCUCAUCAAGCGCCUGCCGCCGCUCGUGCUGGACCUGAACCUGAGCGGCUCGCACUUCGACGGCUCGCACUGCGGCGCGCUGGCGCUGCGCCUGCCCCGCCUGCGCGCGCUGGAGCUGUGGCGCUGCCGCCUGGAGCGCGCCGCGCUGUUCAAGCUGGCGCGCCGCCUGCCCGAGCUGGCGCGCCUCGACACCGACGUCGAGCUCAAGCUCGCGCAGAUCAAGGAGCUGGAGCGCCACCCCGCGCUCACUCGCCUGCGCUGCCGCUGGAAGGGAAUUGUUAGAACAACUCUGAACUUAACCUCCUCCUUGCAAGUGUACUCUGGUAGCUUCCUCCGCAACUCGUCCGAAGGUCCCUCGGCGGAGCUGUUCUAUUUCUGGACGAGGGACACUCCCCUCCCAGAGCAGUCCGAGUCAUCGCUUCCGACUCUCCUGCUGGAAUUUCCCUGUCUGGGCUUCAAGAACAUAGCCUGUGAACAAAAUGAUUACAUGACGCCUGUGGACUCAGACUAAAUUAUCGAACUAAACACGGCAUUAAGAAAUGUAAUCAGUGAAUUUGAGACUGAACUAUUUCUAUUUGUGAGUUUAUCGUAACAAAAUGGCCUAGAGUUUUAUUUUCAUCACAAUCAUGAUUUAGGCUGGAGCAAUGAAUAUCAAAUAUUGAUGUCAAUACUCAUUGUACUCUUUAUGUAUGUAUGUUUGUGAAUGGCCGAGCUCCCCAGGUCCUAGGUCGGGCCGGUAAAAUGUUACUGGAGGUUUUUCUGUUAAGAGCAGCCCGGUGCUAAGACGGGGCACUGAUACUUCGCCUCGUCAGUCGGCCCCGCCAGCAGCUGGGCGGACUGAUUGCGCCAACGUAACAUAGAUGUCGCUCGAUGUGUCGAUAUAUUUAUAUUCAACGUUAUUUAGCAAAAAAAAAAUGUAUAAAUAACAAUUCGAUGUUAUAUUCAAGUUUCAGUGUCUGUAAUAAAUAUUUAAAAGAAAUA